AUGAAUAUACGACUUACACGUUUGUUCGUUGUGUACGUCGUACGUGCGUAUGUGUUCAAUGUAGUUGCCCUUUUGUGGGUUAGUUAUGGUCAGUUACAGUUACGCGUGUGCGUUUCCAGCGUUUCUUAUGAAUUGGAUGUGGCUUGUCACUGUCCUUGUUUGUUCCAGGAGCGGGAGGAACAGAGAGGAGAUGCUCAUACCAUUUUAGCCAAACAUCCCGCUGGAGAAGUCUUUUGGACGUUCGGGUCGGACAGCGACAGCGAGGAAGCCUCGCCUGCGCGGCGGCGCGAUGGACCGACAGAGGUCACCCGCGAUGGCAGCAGUGAUGAGGAUUCACAUCGCCCGAUGGCCAAAGGUAAGGCAAAAGCUCCAUCCUACUCCUCAGACAGCGCCAGCAGUGGAGAUGACUCCAUAGACCUUCCAGGCACAGGACCAGUGGGCUCAUCCGGCCCAUCGGGCCCGAGCGCGAAGGCCAAGGCAGUUCCUGCAGUGCCCAUAGUGUCGGCACAUGACGCUGAUGACGCAGGGACAUCCCAGAAAGUUCCCGCAGCGUGUGAAGCCGCGGAAGUCCGACGCCAUGGCCAUGAAGUCUUCAUGAUGAGCGCAGGGGCGAGGCGUGGCGCUGUAUUCCCAUGGGCAUUGGCAUCGGGUAUCGUUCAUGAUAGGCGGGCUGCGCGCCCUCCAGAUGUUUGCAAGACUUCGAUGCUCACACUGAGGUCUAUGCUCCUUUGGCAGCUCUGGGUUUGUGGACCGGAGAGUUGGAAGUUGCUGCUGACGGCUGCGUCGGGUCCCAAAGUCGUGAUUUGGACCAUGGCCGCCAACAAGGAUGCCAUUGCGAAUGCCCCAGCGGGCCGCAUGUAUGAGGCGCACAGGGCAAGCGAAAGUUUCCACCAUUUCCAGAUGGUCUUCGGACGAGAAACGGGAGGAAAAACCGCCUCCCCACAGGAUCCUCGAUCCUCCAAGUCCGUGCAGGCAACCAUCCUGAUCUUCAAUGGUGGGCAUCCAGAGGUUUCUGUGCUCCCAGACACUGUGCCGACGAUGAAGCAGCUGCAGUGGCCAGCGUCCAAGACUUUCGGAUUCAUGUGCAUGAAAAAGUAUGUCCCACCAGAGAUGACACGUUUUGCCAACUUCAUGUGGUCAUGGCCCUAUAUCUUGGCAGUUGUGCUCGGCCUCCUAGCAGUAGGUCUCCACUUCCAGCGGCAGGAGGAUCGCAGUGCACAUGCGGAUGCUAGAGCAGAGAAGCUUCUCAGGCAGUUUGUAGCGUCCGGACGACCUGAGCGCUUCAGGGCGGAAGAGCUGCCAACAGCUGCACUGCUUCAGUGGAGCCCAGAGCUGGGGUCGUUGGCCGCUGUUGCUCCACGAUUGAAAGAUGUUUGGGUCAAAGAUGCCCAAGAAAACAUCACCCGUUUCACGUACUUCGUUGAGAGCCGCACCCUGGGGCCCUUGCUCCGCGCGGCCGGUGCCGGUGCCGGCCAUGCCGUGGUACCGGAGAUGGCCACACGGAGACUCUUGGAGGGCUGCAGCGAGGACAAGAAGCGCUACUUCUACUCGGGCCUUGCCGAAGGUGCUGAUGGUUUGGUGCACUCAGGCGCGAAGCCUUUAGUGGACCAGUUCUUGAAGGUCAUCAGUUCAUUGGCACCCGUGCCUCCCGAGGCGAAAGCGAAUGUGUGGAUCUCUUGUCCAUCAACAGGGGCGUCUACCCACUACGACCUGGGAUAUAACGUGGUGCUUCAGUUGUACGGCUCCAAAACCUUCGAGCUGCUACCGUCGGAAGCUUUUCUGGAGCUCCAAAUCCCGCCCACAGGGCAUCCAUAUGCGCGGCAAGUGCUGAAGGAAGGAGGCUACAACUUCAGCAGUUUCGAACUGCAGCAAGGUGAUGCGCUCUACGUGCCUCCACUUUGGGCACACCGUACGACAACCGGCAAAGGCAUGUCCAUCUCCCUGAACAUCUUCAUUGGUUCUGCUGCGGAGCAGGUGGCCGAGCAACUCACCACCUUAGCUUUGCCCUUUGAGGCGUCGUGGCCUGGAGACAUGAUGCAGGCAGCUGCCUCCCUGUACUUGCAGGUCAUUUUGAAGGAGGUGGGCAUCGGACUUGAACAUGUGGCAGCUCGCUGGAACUUGGUGGAACUGCAGGAGGAAGAUGCAGCCAGCUGCAGUGGUCUGAACAUUGAGAUGACCACAAGAGCCAAGAUACACAACCGAGGGAAAGAGGCAGCAUCGGUAUUGCAGGUGCUUCCUCCUGAGCAUCGCAUACCUAUCGCGCUGGACUAUGCAGACGACGUGCUCUUGGGCGUGCUGAAUCCCAAAGUGAUUCGCAACGUCGUCCUAGAGUGCUUGAUCUCUGAGCAAAUUGUGUCCAAGAAAACAUGCGCGUGCACGGGCUGUGCCGGGAUGUGGGAGUCCAUCAAGAUCAUCAAGCCAUCAGGAAUUGUCGCCGCAGUAGAUGAAGCAGACCAGACAGUGAAACUGGAGCAACUGGUCAAUACCCAAGACGGCUUCAUUCGCAUUGAGGACACGCAGUGGCUGCCGUGGGAUGCCAUUUCACGUGCGAGUGAAAAUCUGGAGGAGUUACGUGCAGCAUUGGAGGAAGCGUGGAUGCCAUUAGAUGUGCCAGCAUCAAGCAAGAAGAUGGAGUCCGAAAAAGAUGCCGCGCAAAAAGCCGCGGACCUCGCAUGGACUGCCAAGUCGGGGUGUGACUUCCCGUUUGAUUUGGUCAUCACAUCCAUCAACGGCAAAGAAGUCCGGGUUCCGGUGGUUUCCCUAAGCGAUCGCUUGGAGCAAGUUCGCCAGACAGUGGCCUCCCACUUUGGGAAGGUGAGCAAACAAAUACGCCUGAGCAUCAACCAGGAAAUGCUGCCUGAGACCGGGACGCUUGAGCGGAUAGCUGACAUGUUGGCUGUGACGCAAUGUUUGCAAGUGGUCAUCGUGAAACGUCAACUGGCUAGUCCUGUGGUGAAACGGCUGCGUAAAGAGGAGCGCGACUUUGACGCUACUGGCUUUGACUUUGAGUUGUUCUCGGUUCCAAAUCCGGAUGUUGAACCUAUCAGCGACACCAUGGAAGCCAUCAUUGCAGGGCCUGCCAAAUCCCCGUAUGAGGGCGGUACCUUUCGUUUGCGCAUCCAAGUUCCUCCAGAUUAUCCCUUCAGGCCGCCAAGAGUCAAAUUCCUGACGCAGAUUUGGAUACCAAGUGUCCAUCCCCAGCAUGGCUCUAUAGACUUGGACAUUCUAUCCGACAAAUGGUCGCCGGCGCUUUCAAUAGCGAAGGUGAUCCGAAGUAUCGUUUACAUGCUGCAGGAUCCAAGCGACAAUGCUUGCGAAAAUCAGGACGCCUUGCAGCAGAUUCAACAGCAUGGCAUGGAGAUGUUCAAUGACCAGGCGCGGAAGUGGACCAGGAUGUAUGCCAUGUGA